AUGGAGGGGCAUAUGUUCGUGUCGCGCGCGACACAGAUUCUCAUACAGAAGAGCCACAAAAAGCUCGGGAUGCAACGGAAUGGUUUAUUCGAGGGCGACUGCGGCAGAUUCGCCAUGAUAUUCUAUCGCGAUGGCCUGCCCUUAGUGGAGCCCUUGGGUCAUGGGGAGGAGGGCAUCCUUCUACCUGACAUUGGCUUGAUCGACUUCGGCAAGAACAUAUGCGAUCUUGUGGAGCGGUAUUCACAACCUGACGUCUCCUCCAGUCAAUACCAAGCCUGA